UGAAGUUCAAUUUUGACAGUUGUAAUGUAACAGUGCUCAUCCUAUUUUUUAUAUCUCCUUGCAUUUUGAUACAAAAUAUUAGUAAUUCGCGAAGUGGUAUUACGUGAACAAGAUGAAAAUACGAUCCCACGCACUUCGGGAACGGUGGAAUGCGGUUCGCUAGCGUCGAGUGAUAUGUCUACGAGGAGCGGUGCGAGCGCGAUCCGAGCGCGCCGCGGCCACAAGGAGCGCUCCAAGAACUUCACUGAGCUGGAGAAGCGCACAGUGCUAGAGCUGAUCGCGCGUCACCGCGACGUGCUGCGCCAGGGCCGCUCCAACAACGCCACUAACCGCAGCAAACAGCUCGUGUGGUCAACUAUCUGCGAGGAGGUGAACAAGCGUUGCGGCGGCGAGCGGCCGCGCACGCCCGCGCAGGUCAAGAUGUGGUACGAGAACUAUAAGAAAAAGUGUAAAAUGCGCGCACACGAUUCACAGCAGCCAACCCCCGACGCGCCGUCUGGUAUCCUCGAUGGAAUGCUGUGGCAGAGCAUACACCCUCUAGAUGUCAAAGAUGAGGAGGGCGAGGCCACCACCAGCGUGGAAGGUUCGCACAGCAUCAAGGAUGACGACUGCAUUCCCGUUAAUAUGUCAAACGGACGACUUUCGAGCACGAACGACAGCGACGACACGAUGCCCAACGUCCUCGAGCCGCAGGUACAGAUCAUCCCCCAGUCCUCGCCCACCCCGCCCCCGCACAAGUCCGCCCCCAACCCCGCCAUCAACCCCCUCACCCUCGCACCCCACAUCCUAGCAAACCCCCUCCAAGCGCUGGAGCAGGCGAGAAUACAGCAAAACUUCCUGCAAAAACUGAACGAAAUGUCAAAUACUCCAUUAAAUUUAAGUCACCUCGAUGAAGAGAAGAGAAGGAAUGGCCACGACAGGAGUCAAGAGAAGACUGAUGAGCAAAUAAAGCACGACUGCGGCACCGCCACCGAGGAGGAGAGGCUCUACUUCUCCGCCAAGAGACAGCACGCGAUAUGGGAACACGAGGCCAAAAUGAAAAUAUUAAACAUGGAGCUCAGACAAAAGGAAGAGAUAUUCUCACUCCAGAAACAACUCUUUCUUAUCGAACUGAGAUUGAAAAUGGACUUUCUGGAAAAAGCGAGCGCGAAAUAGCGACGCUAGAAACCUCUGGGAUUCGGAAUUCUUUACCCUUUUUAGGGUUGAAGUACUUUUAAGUGACAAAAGUCAUAUCUGUCACUGCCACUUUAUACAGCCGUUCAUAUUUAAAAUAUUGAUCCAAGGUUGUAUGUGGAAGCUCAUUUUGAAAUAAGAUGUAAGUGGGAAAAUACAAAUAAUCGUAAGAGGUGUUGCCACUGAAGAAAUUAUUUUUAUGAAAUUGUACUUAAUAAGUACAAACUGUCAGCUGGCUUCAAAAGUCGCUAGUUAACCUAUGGGUUAUGCUAACCAUAAGAGUAUAAUUUGAAUUUUUUGAAAGUGGCAACACUCCAUAUAUUGAUAAUAUUUUCACAAUGUGCCAUCAUUUGUAGUUACGGAUUUAUACGCCUUUUGUUUUCAUGCUUUUUAACCUUAAUAUAAUUUUAUUUGAGGAAGUCUGUCACAUUAUAAAUGCAUAGGACUGAUUAAAUUUCUACCUUCAGUGUAAGAAAAUUAAUAAUGAUAUUAGAAUAUAUCCAAUAUUUUUUUUGGAGUAAUAAAUGUGUAGGACUUCUGUAUUUUUUUAAAUAUUCGCUUUCAUAGAGUAUUUGUUUUUUUCUUAGGAAAGUCAGUAAAAGUUGAUGGUAUAUUUUUGGUACAAUUUACUUGUAUAUUUCAGAUUAUGAAGUACUAUUUAUGUACCAUACUGGAACUUUAAAAAGUAUUUAGGGAUGGUUUUUUUGAUAAAAAUUAUUCCUUAUUUGUUAAAAAAAGAUAAGUAUUUAUACAUUUUUGUGUUUUUUCGCACAAAUUGUACCAAAUAUGGGUUUGAAAUGUGAUUGAUAAGAAAAGAUAAGAUAUUUUUGUAAUUUUUAUUUUGCAUAGCUUAUUUUUUAACUUUUUUUAAAUAGUUUUUAGUGCAUAAAAUGUGCUUAAGUUUUAUUUUCUAGUAUUAUUUUUCACCUUGUAAACGGCAGCUGUGCAUAAUAUUAUGUAAUUUUCAACAACUGCCAAAUAUUUUGAAUUUCGAGUAAUUGUUAUAUUUUUAAAAAGUUUUUUAGUACUUACGUACUUAGAAUUUGAGUCCUUUUAGUAAGGGACAUUGUAAUUUUUUUUUCACUUUAGGAUAGAAACGUACUGCGCGACACAAUAAUGCCUAGUAUCUUGAACAAAGCCAUAAGUUUAACUUAGUCUGGUAAGAUUAAUCAUUGUUGUGUGUUGUAUUUAUUGUAAGGGAUUUUUUUAAAGGCAAUGCAAUUAAUAAUUAGGAAAUAGAAGUUUGACAGCUCGUGGACUAUAGAGAAUUAUUUAUUGUUUUAUAUUUUUUUUUGUUUAAUUUCUCUUGGUCCUUAAUGUUUUAAGUCUAGUGUAGUAUCAGUAUUUUGGUACUAAUUGUCUAAAUUAAAAAUACAUAAGCUUUUCGCUUUAAUCGGUGACAAUAUUGCGUUUGAUUUAUAUAUCUACAGAUAUAAGUGUUCGUAACGCAAUUUUCAGUCACUAAAAUACCGUCCGUCAACUAGUGUGAUAGUUUUUUGUCAGGACGGAAUUGGUUAGGAAUCAAACGUCGCCAGGGAAAAGCAACAGCCCCCUCCCCCCUCCAAUAUCUAUAAUAUUGUAAAGAGGAAUGUUUUGUAAUUUUAAAUUUUCGUAUGAAAUAACUCGAAAACUACAGGGCAGUUUCAAAAUUAUUUCACCAUUGAAAGGCUACAUUUAUGUAUAACAUAGGCGAUAUUUUUAUUUAUUUUUACGUAGACGAAUGUAAAAUAAACAAAUGAAACCAUUAUAAUUUGUAGUCCCUCCCCCCCCCCCUCUAAAUAGCUGGCGAUGCCCAUAUUAGGAGUUAUCCUUACAAUAUCUACUUCACACGACAUAAUACUAUUCGAGUCAGCGAUGUGCCAACAAACCAUUGUUAUAUUAAUAAAUAAAAUUUAUAGUUAUUACAUACAUAAGAUGUUAUUACGAAAUAAUAUACGUAAAAAGGCGUAGACAAUUAUUCGUAAAGAGAAAUAAUUCGAGACAUUAUGAUAUUAAUAUUUUAGAAUGGUUUAAUGUAGAAAAUGAAUAAUAAAUUUGAAAACAGUACAAAGAGUUUAUUAGAAAAAUGUCAUUACCUCAUUCAGACAGUGUAUUGUAAAUAAGUUAAAAUAGGGUUUUGAUAUAGUUGUAAAGAAAUUUUUAGAAAACCUUUUUAUAGGACGUUUAUUUUUUUGUCGAUUUUUUGUUACCCUUAAUAUUUGAGGUUGGGUUGCCAGGAAAAUAUUUCGCAUCGGCAAGGGAAGUUGAGAUUAAAAAGUUAAUUCACUCGAAUUGUUCCUUUUAUUUACAUUAUUAUGGCAACUUCGAUAAGAUUUUUUUUCUUUGAUAAAACAAUAUUGUGAUGUAAUUUACUAAGAUCUCAGUACAGGUAUAUAAAAUUAAUGUUUUAUGGAUAAUGAAGACCUUUUUUUUUCCUAAAUUGAAAACAAAUUGUACAAGCAAUAUAUCGUGUUUUGUAAGACGGCAGUUUUAAUUCGAAACAUUGUGUAAUUAAUCUGAUUUAAUUGGAUAUUAUUGAUUAUUGAAUAAAGAAUUUAUUUUCUGU